AUAGAAGAUGAACCUUGAAGCUUACAAACUCGACACACAAACCCUUUUUCUACAGCUAAGAAUGGCGAACCUGUUAGUCUUGUGCAUAGUGAUUUUGAAGCUUGCUUGUUCAGUACUUGCAGCCUCCACCACGAGCUUCAAGCAGGGCUAUGGUGACAGUGAAUGUCCAUUAGGGAAUGACGUGUACCAAAAUAGUUGCCCAGAAGCAGAGUCCAUCAUCUUCUCUUGGGUGGAGAAAGCUGUCUUUCAGGACCCCAGGAUGGCUGCCUCACUCCUUCGUCUUCACUUCCAUGAUUGCUUUGUCAAUGGUUGCGAUGCUUCGGUGCUGCUGGAUGACACAGAGCUCUUUCUUGGUGAGAAAACUGCAGGUCCAAACUUGAAUUCACUGAGAGGCUUUGAAGUGAUCGAUGCAAUAAAAUCAGAACUGGAAUUAGUUUGCCCAGAAGCCGUAUCCUGUGCUGACAUUCUGGCAAUUGCAGCUCGAGAUUCUGUUGUUCUGUCAGGAGGUCCAAGUUGGGAAGUCCAAACGGGAAGGAGAGACAGCUUGAGUGCGAGCAAGCAAGCAGCGAACAACAACAUCCCUGGUCCUAACUCCACUGUUGAUGUCCUCAUCGCCAACUUCCAGAACGUUGGUCUCUCACUCCGUGACAUGGUUGCCCUCUCUGGAGGACACACAAUAGGAAAAGCUCGGUGCACAACAUUCAGCUCUCGUCUACAAGGAAGCAGUAGCAAAAGCGCACAUGUUAAUCUGGACUUCAUUUCAUCACUGCAACAGUUAUGCUCAUCAGGAGGAAGAAGCACCAACAAUGGCAACACGGUAGCACAUAUGGACCUGGUCACACCGGCCACAUUCGACAACCAGUACUACAUUAACCUGCUCUCCGGGGAAGGCCUGCUUCCAUCGGACCAGGUUCUUGUGAAUGGCAACAACGAUCAGACCCGUCAGCUUGUACAAACCUACGCCGAAGACCCCUAUGCUUUCUUCGAGGACUUCAAGAAUUCAAUGCUCAGAAUGGGAAGCAUCCCGGGGUCUCCCCACGGCCAGAUUCGUCGGAACUGUCGAACUGUUAAUUAGUUCAAAAGUCUAGCUGCUAUUAUUAUCAUAUAUAGAAGCUAUAGCCUAUAUGGUUGUGGCAUGUUCGCUGGGACUAUAAUCAUAUUAUAUGUCGAUUUCGUACUGAAAUUUCCACUCGUGACUAAUCUGUAGGUUCUUCGAUAUAAAGAACUAGUGUCUGUGUUAAUCUAGAAGUGUGAUGUUUUCAAUUGUCAUGCGUUGAUGUGUCAUGCACCGAAUUUCACCAUAAA